AUGGAGCCUUCGCCUUCACAUAUCGACUUUGUCCCCGAAAUUCCUCAACCGUCGGAUCAUCAAGGAAAUAUUGAGGCUGAUAAUGGGCGGAGAUAUCAUGCCUUUAGAGAAGGAUCACAUCUCUUGCCCAACGACGAAAAUGAACAAGCUCGAAUGGACMUUGCGCAUCAUAUCUACCUGAUGCUUACCGGCGGGAAACUCCAUCUUUCUCCGAUAAGUCAACCGCAACGAGUUCUUGAUCUUGGUACUGGGACCGGAAUAUGGGCAAUUGAUUUUGCGGAUGAAUACCCGAGUUCUACAGUCUUGGGUAAUGAUUUGAGCCCUAUCCAGCCAUCAUGGGUCCCACCAAAUCUCCGCUUUGAAGUUGACGACUACGAAAGCGAAUGGUCCUACUCCAGCAAAUUUGACUUCAUCCACGGCCGCGAAAUGGAAGGCAUGGUGCAGGACUUUGAUCGCCUAUUUGCGCAAUCCUACCAACACCUCAACCCGGGCGGAUGGGCUGAAUUCCAGAGCAUCGAAUUGAACUGCUUUUGUGACGAUGACUCACGGCAAAAGGCGGCGGCUUGGGUGAGGUGGAGCGAGAAUCUGCAUCGGGCGGCGCGCACUUUUGGGAAGAAUAUGAGGACGGUGAGGACGUGGCCGGAUAAGAUGAGGGAAGCUGGGUUUCGGAACGUGCAGAGCGUGGCGUAUCCUCUACCCUUCAAUCCCUGGCCCAAAGACCCCAAACUCAAAGAACUCGGCCGCUACCAACAACUCCACAUGUUCGAGGGGAUGGCAUCCUACAGUCUACGCCUGUACACCAAUGUGCUGAAAUGGCCCAAGGAAGAAGUUGAGGUAUUAUUGAAUGAAGUUCAAAACAUUCUCAAGGAUCGCUCAUGUCAUAUCUAUACGCUGGUGCAUUUUGUGUAUGGGCAGAAACCUGAUGAUGCAACGGAUUGA